GGCGGACUGCUGUCUGCUAGUUAUGUGCAGACUGACGUUUGAUGUCUCGGAAUAUCCGAACUGUGAUUAUCGUCAAGUGCUUAUCCAGUCAUGUCUAACUCACCUCCGCGCUCACCAUUCUGGCAGCCCGAGGAUCCUCAUCAACGUCAAGACUCCAUCCUCCUCAACAAGGUCAGCCAUGCAAGCCGACAAGAUUGGGAACACUGGCCCUCCCUGGACACGAGCUACCAUACACACACGAACUCAACCUCACCACCACAUUCACACCCACCAGACACUACCACAGACAAAACCACACCCAAUGAUGAACGCCAAGAACACCCUUACCACCAAGCACAUCCAAAAUGCACCCUGAAAACCGUCCUCCUCAACUGGUGGUCCGAAAUGCUGUGGCUCUCCUUCGCAACCACAAACCUCACCCUCAUAGCCAUACUCCUCAGCCUCCUCUCCAACAACCCCCUCACAACCUGGCAAUUUCCAAUCUCCAUGAACGCCGUGGUAUCAGCAAUGAUGAUAGCCACAAAAGCAGCACUCAUCUACACAUCAGCAACCUGCAUCGGCCAACUGAAAUGGCAUCAUUUCCAACAUUCCCUCCACGGCCAUUGCAUUCACGAUUUAAAACUGUUCGAUGAAGCUAGUAAAGGACCUUUAGGUGCGAUCAAAUUGUUAGCGAGAGCGAGGAAAGUAAAUAUCGUUGCUUUGAUAGGGGGGGUUAUAAUCACCACAGCUGUGUUUAUGGAAACUUUUGGCCAGCAGGUUUUGGUGUUUGUGGAUAGGAAAGUGGAAGUGAGUGGGGCGGAAGCAAUGUUUCCGAGUACGCAGACAUUGGCUGGUGAGCAGGGUUGGUAUUUGGAUUAUGUGAUGAUGAGUGAUUUGCAGAAAUUGUUGCUGACGAGUAUUUUUCAAGGGGAUGGGGUGCCUGGGUUUGGAUGUGGGAGUGGAGAGUGUACGUGGCCUGAUUCUGCUACUUUGGGCAUAUGUUCGAGGUGUAGAGAUGUUACUGCCACCAGUGAUGGGAGUUGUGAGGGAGACUCAAAGUCGUUGGAUUGUGAGUAUAGGACACCAGAAGGUGUGGAGUUGGGAGGAAACGUGCAACCUGGAGGUCCGAUGCCAUUGAUCAAUACGACGACUGUUGAUGGCGUGUACGAUGCCACACCGAGCUUCUAUAACUUUUCGACUCUGGUUGUGGCGGCGAAUACUAAUUGGACGGCCAAGUUGACGACAUGCGAGUUAUCGUGGUGUGCUUGGGCAUAUGAGAACGCCACUUCUCGAGGAACAGAUCUCGAUCUCGGUAUUGCCAGGCAAUUUCCACUGCAGUUCGCAGGGACUUGGGAUAAGACGAACGAUACAUCGAAUCUUGUCGACACCCAGAGCGUCUGUACGGCAACUGGCGACUAUCCUGCCGAGUUGAACAACACCUUCACCAUCAGCCAAGGCAAAGAAUACUUCCUGAAGUACGCCGUAAGGCUGAUCCUCAAAGCAGGUUACCAAGGCGCAGAUUUCUACACCCAACUCACAUUGGCGACUUCUUCGUUCGACUACACAGAUACGACUGCAAUGUCAAGCAACUUGGCGGCAUUCAUGACAAAUGCUCUCCGAACGCAAGAUGGCAUGCAAUCGGUCGGCACAGCAUGGGAGUCUGUGACAUUCAUCGAAGUCCGUUGGGUAUGGCUGCUUCUCCCAGCAGCCGUCGUACUCGGAAGCGCGAUACUACUGGGUUUGACGAUAGCCCAGAGCACAAGACAUGGCACAGUGCUCUGGAAAACAUCAUUAUUGGCGUUUUUGUUCUGCUCCACACACGCGUGGAUUGCCGAUACGGUUGCCCGAGACGACAAGACACGAUCGUUGAGUUCCAUGGAAAAAGCAUCCAAGAAGAUGGAAGCAAGAUUGGAAAGAGAUGAGCAAGGUCGAUAUCAACUUGUUCAGAUCUGAUGUGUGGAAACAAAGUUGAGGCUCUUUUGGGAAAUGCAUCAAACGCCGAGCCGUUGCCGAAGAGGGAGGCAUGUGAAAGACUGGGGAACGCGGGGAAUUGGUCAAUCGUCAAUCGUCAUCAUCGACUCUUUGGAGUAGAAAGUAGCUGAUACUUAACCCUAUUCGUUUCCCUGUGAUAGCCCUGUACUUGCUAUCACAUAUCCUCCUGAUAGCCCCAAUAAUAUCCUCAAAGCCGAAACAUCUUCCAGUACCAACCAUGGGUCAUGUGAGUCUGGUUGACAAUUUCCUUCGAGAGCGUCGGCUAAUGGGGUAAACAAGAAA